AUGGAACGAGAUGUUGUGGACACUGCAGGCAUUGAACUCGGAGUGUAUGUAAAGCCCUUGCCAGAUGAAGGAGAAUGUGAGCUGCUGGGCCGAAUAGCGCUGGAGGAAUUUGCGGCUGCGGAUGGCUGGUUCGGCAUGGAUGGCUUUCCCGUGGUUAUAGAAGAUGAGGAGUCAGCGACAGAUGCAGAUACGGAUACCGAGGAGGAUGGUAUCACUAGUGUUGAGGUGGAUGUCGACGAGGGAGUAGUGUUUCCCAACGAGAUGGCCCGAGUGCCUGACAUUGCGGGGGCAGAAUUGGAUACUGAGACGGGGAAUGUUGCCGAUGGCACGGUUGAUGCAGAGCUGGUCUGA